CAUUAACAUUGUGUCAUAAUUUCUUCACCAGAGAAUCAUUAAGCAAUGAAGGAUCACAACUCACAAGCACUAUAAAAAAUUUCGCCAUUAUUCUCCUAGCAGAACCAGCAGUAACAUGCGAACUACUCUUGUAGUUUUCCUUGUUUCAUUGCUGCAAUGCACUUCUCAAGUGGUUGUAGCAAAAGAUAUUAUGGAGUCUGGCCAAAACAUAACUUCAGAAUCUUCAUCAAGCUUUCUUGUUUCAGCUGGACAGAGAUUUGUACUAGGCUUCUUUCCUCGUCCCGAAAACACAUCAGAAAGUUACCUGGGGAUAUGGUACAACACUAAUCAAAUACAAUACCCUGGAAAACAAACAGUGGUAUGGGUUGCCAACAGAGAGAUUCCUGUUGUGAGUUCCAAUGUUGGAGUCUUUCAUAUUGCAGAUGAUGGAAACCUUGUACUAGAAGAUGCAUCGAGUAAACGACGCUAUUGGUCCACAUCAAUAAGCUCUGCAUCCACGGCGACGAACAAAACAAGGAGAGUGCAGCUAAUGGAUUCUGGGAAUCUGGUAUUGUUCCAUGAAGAAGAAGAUGGAGAUUACAUAUGGCAAAGCUUCCAACACCCCACAGACACGUUUCUUCCGGGAAUGCAGAUGGACAUGGAUGGCAUGGAAUUAAGGAGUGGAAACUUCACCUUCAAGAUGGUUCGGAAGAAGCGUUAUGUCAUCUACUUGAAUGAUCAACAACUCUAUUGGGAAAAUGAUGGACUCAAUUCAGAUGCACUGAGCCCUGACAAACUCGAAUAUUUAACUAACUGGACAGACAUCGAUAUCCCUACGUCUUCACGUACGAAAGGUGUGAAUCGGACGAUGAAACUUUCAGCCACUAUGAACAUAUCCAGCACUGGGACCUGGGAAGCCUUGUAUAAGAAAUACAUGAACACAAGAAUUGUGAUGAAUUCUUCAGGGGAGAUACAGUAUCUGAAGUGGGAAGAGGAAGACUCUACAGGUGCAGGAUGGACGAUGUUAUGGAGGCAGCCAUCGGACAAGUGCCAUAUAUAUAAUUUUUGCGGCAACUUUAGUAGCUGCGACAUUGCAGAUGAUUCGAGGAUCUGCAAAUGUUUACCAGGGUUUAAGGAGAAUCAGAUUCAGAGCCAUGAGGGAGGGUCCAGAUUCCCAGGAUGUAACAGAAGUACACUAUCACUGUAUGACAGCAGAGGCAUGAUGUUCAUUAACUUGACCAUGGUGAGAGUGACCGCACCAGACCUCAAAUCCCUCGCAGAAAGCGAAGAUGAAUGCCGGAUUUCGUGCCUUAACAUGUAUCUUCCCCGGUGCCAAGCUUAUUCGUAUAAUGGCUCUGUUUCAGAUUAUGAUCGUCUUCCUCUCACAUGUGGAAUUUGGACACAGGAUUUAACUACUCUUCAAGUGGUCCAAGAUGAUGGUGCUGCUACUGCUUCUCUUUCUGUUCUGGUCAACCGUUCAGAUAUAGCACCAAAGGCAAAAUCAUGUGAGCCUUGUGGUAUAUACGUAAUUCCUUAUCCCCUAAGCACUGGACCAAGCUGUGGGGAUGCCACCUACAACAAGUUCAUCUGCAACAACUCAACAGGGCAGCUUAACUUCACAAUCUCCGGUGGAGAAUCGUACCGAGUUACUUGGAUAGACCAAAAUACCAGAAGGUUUUACAUUCAAACCAGCAAUUCUUAUCGCUGUGAUUCCAGCAGUCAAAAUAGAGUCCCUGAUCCUCCCUUUAAUGUCACCAACUGGUGCUACGGAGCAGAUGAAAUUGAGGUCAGUUGGGAUCCAGCGCCAGAACCCCCCUGUAAUCACCUCGCAGACUGCAAUGAUUGGCCUCAUUCAACAUGCCGACACAAAUUUCAUCCAGGGGAAAAGAGGUGCUUUUGCCAUUCAAAAUAUCACUGGGAUGCCUCAACUCUUACUUGUACUCAAGGAGAGGAAUCAAAAAACCACAAAUUGCUAUUGGUUGUAACUCUUACCGUCAUGCUUUUGCUAGCAUUUCCAGUGAUAUUUGCAUAUGUAUGGAGAAUCAAGACAAACCCCAAGAUUGACAGGGCGAACAUUCUAAUACAGGAGAGCUUGCAUGAUAGUGAAAGACAAGUCAAAGGUUUGAUAGGCUUGGGAGGUUUAGAAGACAAACACAGUGAAAGCAUUGCAGUGCCUUUUUAUACUUACAGAAGCAUUGUAGCAGCUACUGAUAAUUUCUCUGAGUCAAACAAGCUUGGAAGAGGAGGUUAUGGACCAGUCUACAAGGGAAGGUUUCCCGGAGGCCAAGAUAUUGCUGUAAAAAGGCUUUCAAGUGUUUCAACACAAGGCUUAGAGGAAUUCAAAAAUGAGAUUGUUUUGAUUGCCAAACUCCAACAUCGGAACCUUGUUAGACUCAGAGGCUAUUGCAUAAAGGGAGAUGAGAAGAUUUUACUUUAUGAAUACAUGCCGAACAAGAGCUUGGACUCUUUCAUCUUUGACCGUUCAAGAACUUUACUCCUUGAAUGGCCAAUGCGGUUUGACAUAAUCCUAGGCAUUGCACGAGGAUUGCUUUAUCUUCACCAAGACUCUCAAAGAGAGUUCAAUUGUAAACAUAUUGUUCAUUACCGGAUAUUUACUCAUGAUUAUUAGCUUGCUACAUAUAACAACCGAUUUUUUUUUUUCUUUUCUAGCGGAUAUAUGGCACCAGAAUAUGCUUUGGACGGGUAUUUUUCAAUCAAGUCCGAUGUUUUCAGCUUUGGUGUAGUCUUAUUAGAGAUUCUCAGUGGAAAAAAGAACACAGGAUUCUUUCAAUUCAAACAAACUGCUACCCUUUUGGGAUAUGCAUGGGGACUAUGGACAGAGAAUAGGCUUAUGAAUUUAAUGGAUACAUCUUUCAGUGGAACUUGCAAUGAGAAUCAAUUUACCAAGUGUGCACAAAUUGCACUCUUGUGUGUGCAAGAUGAACCAAGUGAUCGACCAACCAUGUCAACUGUUGUGACAAUGCUUGAUAGCGAAAUUGCAACCAUCCCUAUUCCUACGCAACCAACAUUUUAUGCAAUUAGAAGGACUACAAGCACUACUGCAUCUUCUUCGAGCAGACCAGAAACAACCAUGCAAAUUGAGAGCAGUUAUCAAGAAGGGAGAUAGAUAAUACAUGGUGGAUUAGACUCUAAUAUGGUAGAAAAUAUAAUCAUGAAAAGUUAUGGUAUAUAGGGUUUAAAGAAAAUAGAAUCAUGAAAAAUUUAAGCUAUAGCUGUGUGCUUAUAAGAAGAGCAAUGUUGAUUCCUCUGCAAGGAACCUAUGGAGGUGCAGAAAUCCACAUAUUUGGCACAUUGUGCCAUUUCUCUUCUAUCUCUGCUAAUACUAACAAACUGUAAUUGGUUAAAUAUCAACUUUUAGUAUGAAUUUGCCCAAAUAUAAUAUGUGAAACGUGUUAAUGCAAA